UAAUAGUCGUCAACAUAUAAUCCUAAAUGAUGACAGUAGAAGAUAUAUAGAUGAAUUAAAAACUAUAGUCUUUGAGAACAGGACUAGUGAUCCAUUGUACAGAUACAUAGAACAGACAAAGGUAUAUAUGGAGCAUAAAACUCAAAACAUUGAUUUAUUUGUAAAAACAAGAGCAUUUGAGAAAACAAUGGAACGUUUGUUGAUGAAUGGCCUUGUUAUUAUUAUUGGUAAUGCCGGAGAUGGAAAAACCACGCUCGCCGUCAAUGUUCUAAAUGAUUUACGGAAAAAAGGAUACACACCUCUAGUAUUUUCUGACCCAAAUUUACUUGAACAAGCAAUAGAUCCAAGUAGACAAAUAGUAUACUUCGUCGACGAUGCAUUUGGAACCCCAACAUUAAACAAAAGGUUCAUUGAAAGUUGGUCAAGGCUUUAUGAUAAAAUUGACAGCAUCGUGUCAAAACAAAAAAUGUCAUUAAUUCUUACCUCAAGAAAAAUGGUGGCUCAAAAAGCAAAAAAUAUGCUGCGUUCUUAUGAACGUUACUUUCAUUCACUUCUCGAUAUUACGGACGAGAGUUUAUGUAUGAAUAAAGUCGAAAAGCGAAUGUUAGUUGCCCGCCACUGCCAAGGUCAUGGCCUUUUCCCAAUGCAACUUGUAAAAGAUCAGUCAGGAUACACUCCCGGGUUUCCUUUGAUUUGCAAAUUAUAUACAAAAAACCAUCGUUUGAGAAAUAAUCCAAAUUUCUUUGAAAACCCGUUGUCGGUAUUACAAAAAGACAUUUCAGAACUUCUCGAUUAUGAUAUUCAUGCAUUUUGUAUCUUGAUUCUAAUUGUUCUCCAUGACGGCCGCCUUCCAGUUGAAUAUCUGGACGUUUUUGAAGACGAUGGUAUGGACGAAGAAAAAUUGGACACUGUCGUUAAAGCAUUUGGUAUGAACAAAAUGACAGCUUUGUCUCAAAUGGAGAAAUCGGUAGAGGCAAUAUUAGGGGUAUAUGUGGAAGAAAUAGAUGACUUGUAUGUAUUUUUACACGAUUCAUUUUUUGAUGCCGUUUGUUUAGUUUUCGGACAAAAGCACCCGAAAGAAAUACUAAGAUUAGCGUCAGCUCACUUUAUUGAGCAGCGUGUUAGGACGAAAAAUUUAGUUUUAUCGGAAAAUAGUGGUGAAUUAGAUGUUAUCGUUUUGAAAAAAUCGCAUUUAAAGUUUCUGUCAAAACGGUGGAUUACUGAUAUACAGACAGGACAUAUUAGAAAUGUCAUGAACAACCCGUCUAUUCAAGACGAUGCCAUGUUAUCGAACUUUAUUGAAAGCAUAGAGCGUUUGUCAUCAGUUGAAUUUGAAGGCUUUAUCGAGAGCAUGGACGGUCAACGAUCCCUAGUCGAAUUUAUAUUAGACGAUGGUCAUACAAAAUUAGCUAUGUAUUUGCUUAAAAAAAUGAAAGAUAUGAAAAACCUAUUUUUUGAAAUACCAACCAAAAGUCUCCAUUCAGCUAUAAAUAGGAGAGACGCUACACUAGUCAAGUUUUUGCUAGAUUUUGGAAUGGAUACGAGUAGUAUCACACGUCCGUACAAACUAAAUGGUGUGCAUUGUGCAGCUCGAUCAGGAGAUGUUGAAAUCUUACGUCUGAUAUUGGAAAAAACAAAAAAUGGUGUCGUUAAUAGAAUAGACAAUUUAGGCAUGCAGCCAAUACAUUACGCAUGUCAAAGUUCGAGUAAUUCAUGUGUAGAACUUCUUCUAAAAAAUGGAAGUAGCGCUGAUAAUGCAGAUUCUGCCGGAAAACAACCCAUUCACUAUGCAUCCUACGCUGGUAGUAUCACAUGUGUAGAUCUUCUCAACAAAGCCGGUGCGUGUUUAAAUAAAAAAGACUGGAUGGGACGGACGUCUCUUCAUUUUGCUGCUAUGAGUGAUAAUGUCGAUCUUGUAUGCUUUCUUCUAGAACAUAGCUGCGAUCCCAAUACAAAAGAUAGUGAUUUGUGUGCACCGUUAUUUUAUGCUUGUAAAAAUGGACGCUGGAGAACAGUUAAAGCUUUAAUUCAGAGUGGCGCUGACAUUAAUAUUCGCGACAAGUAUGAUAAAUUGCCUAUACAUGCAACUACAGAAGGGUGUCAUUCUGAUCAUGAGGGUGCUAAUUCCUGUUUGAAACUGCUGUUAGAUUUGAAUACCGACAUCAAUGUUGUAGAUGACCAAGGCAAAUCUGCUUUACAUUACGCAUGCGCUUGGUCAUAUGAUCACAGAUAUGACAGUGUGCAAAUGCUUGUCUCAUCAGACGCUGAUAUUAAUAUAACAGAUGGUUUUAAGAUGACUCCGUUGUUGUAUGCAUGCAAUAGUGGCAGUUUUAAGUGCGCGUCUCUUUUACUUCAUUAUGGCGCCAAUCCAAACUGUGAGGGUACACGGCAAACUAAACCGAUACACCUUGCAUGUGCGGAUGGUAACAUUGAAAUAGUCAAACUUCUGAUUAGCAAGUCAGCCGAUGUUAAAUCAACAAACACCGAUGGUCGCCAACCAAUUCAUUUUGCUAGUCAAUAUGGAAAUAAUGAUGUAAUUUGCUUUCUUGUUUGGAAUGGAGCUAGCGUAAAUGUUCAAGACAGUACGGGAAAGACUCCUCUACAUUAUGCAUGCAAAUGGGGACGAGAAAAAUCGGUUAAACGUUUGAUGAAACUCGAUAGUAAUCCACACGUCAAAGAUUACGACGGAUUUUAUCCACAGGACUUAAUUCCGCAGUGGACAAAAAGCUGUAAAUUUAUCAGACAAUGCUUAAGUAGUACUUCCAAUUCUUUGUAGCAUCCGUUCGAAAUACAGUAGGACGAUCAUAUACAGGCAAACCUUGACUAUAUUAUAUGAUUAACAGUUUGAGUUCCUGCUGUGAAGUGAGAAAAUAAUGCAAGAUAAAUAAUUGUGCAUGGUUUUGUCAAAUAUCUAAGCUUUUUUUUUUAUAUAAGUCCUUCUUUCCGACAACACCUUAACAAUGAUAACCCAAUUCAAAAGACAAUGGGCGAUAAGGGCCGUUUUUAGGCCCCACCACCAAAUUUCAGUUAAUUUGUCAUGUUGUAACUGUGUACAACAACCCAUCUGAAAAUGGUUGCAUUUUAGAUCUAUCUCGUAUAUAUAACUGUUCACUUGUUUCGGUUCUAAUACAUCAUUGGCUUUCAAAUAUUUGGGUUUGACGUUUCUGAUGAAGGGUAAAUCCAGAAAACGGCUUCGGGCUUGCCGUAUGUGUAUAGACAAAUAUUCAUUUUUGAAUAAACUUAAAGUAUAUGCCACAUAUAUAUUUGUUUCUCUUAUUUAUAGCCAAUUUAUCUUUUUUCCGACCUGUUGAUUAUCUUUCAUUUAAUCAAAGUGUAGUUCGUUUGAUCUCAGUUCUUCGUUUGCCAGCCAAAAUUCAAUUAUGACGUCAAAUGUUCUUGCUUUCCUCUAAAUUUUCUAUUGUGACGUCAGGAAAAAAGGCGACCAUGUCUGAGGACGUUACAAAGAUAAAAUAGUCUGUUUGUAGAUCAUUGGAAAAGAAGGGUUACGUUUGUCUGCACAUCGUCUUAAAAUCAUUAGAGAAGGAGAUUCUACCACCAUAUUUCGUGCAAUACUUCCACUGUGUAGUGCAAUACGAUAUUUCUCCACUUUCGACAUGUUUUUUUUUUUAAACCGCUCGGCGAGCCUCGCAUUUUAAACUGUUUCGAGUUGAAAAAUAUCGUAUCACACUCGAUGCAGUGGUAUAAUCUAUAUAGAAACUUUAAGUACAUUGCCAUAUAUAUACUGUACACAAACUAUGGUGUAGUUCAGUUAGAGGAAAUGUUUUACAAUAAGAUUCCGAUAAAAUGACAAAACUCCAGAAAUCAGUUACCAACAAGAAUCAUACUUGGAUGUAAAUGAUCAGUUCCAUCAAAUUUUAUUUUUUUUCUUCUUUAAAAUGAUUAUCAUUUUCAGAAAGAAAUUUAAAACUCCAAAAAAUCUUUUCAAAUUGUAAAAAAAAGACUUACGCCUAAUUGUUUGUCAAUACUUAUAAAAAAUAAUAUUCAAUAUACUUCAAUCUACGAUUAGUCUCUAUAACAAUAUACUUUUACCAAGACCAAAUACUAAUUCUAGUAGGAAACCUUUUCAUUAAUUAUAUAAUCAAAGUCUGGAAUGAUUUACCAUUCAUCAUUAAUAAAUGGUUCUGAAAUGUAAAUUAAUCAAGGAACAUUGAUAAAAUAUUUUCUUGGAAAUAUUAUGUGAAAAUGAACAAAUCUAAUCAUAUUACAUUUUGUUUUUGUUAGAUUAUGAAAUGUGUCAUUAUUGCAGUUAUUUGAAUAUAUGAAUAAUGUAUUUUGCAAUAAAAUGAGUACUGUAUGAG